CUAACCAAAAAAUGGUAGAAAAAAGUUUGUUAGAACAACCACAAACAAACAAGAAAAUUCAGCUCAACUUCCAAUUAAGCAACAAAAAAUUCAUUUCCUAUUCAAACACCCUUCAUUUCCAAAAGCUAUAUUUAUACAUAUUAUAUAAUUGAUACUUUAUCCCAAUAGUUAAAAAUACUAAAUUUCUCUUCUCUUCAUUUUUUUGCAAUGGCUAGCAACAGCACAGUGGUAACAAAUGAACGUGCAGGUGCAGAAAUAGUGUAUGGUUCUGAAGAAUGUUUCAACCAUUCCAUACAACUCUUAGAAGAGCUUGGAUUUCCCAAAGGUGUUCUUCCCUUAAAAGAUCUUGUUGAAUGUGGAAGAGUUAGAGAAACUGGUUUUGUUUGGAUGAAACAAAAGGCACCAAGUGAACAUUAUUUUGAAGGUACAAAGACUCUUGUGAGCUAUGGAAUUGAAGUUACUGCUUAUGUGGAGAAAUUCAAGAUGAAGAAAAUGAGUGGAAUUAAGAGUAAGCAAUUGUUUGUUUGGGUGCCUAUAGUUGAAAUGAGUAUUGAUGGUUUUAAUGGAAAGAAGAUGUAUUUUAAGACUCCUAUGGGGAUUGGUAAGUCUUUUCAUGUUACUUCAUUUAUGAGUGUUGAGGAAAAGGAAAAGUAUGAGAAGUUGCAAUUGAAGGAUAAGGAGGUUGAGAUCAAAGAAAAUUAAUUGGUGACAAAUUUAUUAUAUUGCAUGUGUUUGUUUUUUGGUUCAUCUAUGUUAUUUGAGAAUUUGGCUAUUAUGAAUAAUAAUAGAUAAGCAUAAUGAAAUCUUGAUUGUUGAAAAAUAUGAUCAAGUAAGUGGAUAGUUUAUGAUGUAUACUAAAUAUAUGUGUUGUUAUUUUUUGAUGAUAUUGAUUUAUCACUUGUUA